UCCAACUACUGGCCAGGAAUGAACCGGGAGUUAGGAAUACGCAGAAAUUACAGAUUUUUACAAGAAUCCGCAGAAAUCCCAUGCUCCAUUCUCUCCAUCAUUGGAGAUUCUUACGGGUACGAGCAAAGCCUUUGUUCUUCGCCGUUGACAGUUCACUAAUCUUCACGAAAUCUUCAAUCUCCGUAGUGGAUAUUGAUGUUACUGAUUCCGACAUAUCGGGUUCCGAUUCAAUUUCUCCCUUAGCCGAAAUCGAUUCACCAGUUGAGGAAGUCAUAUCUGGAUUCAGAAACACAGACGCCGCAGUCAGAAAUCGUCUUCGCAGCAUUGCUUCGACAUUAAGUCCUCGUCAGGUUGAUCAAAUUCUUUAUGAUUUUGCGGCCACUUACCCAGAUUCUGCAAUCGAGUUUUUUUAUUCGGUGAGGAAUUCUAAUGGGUUUCGGCCUUCCAAUGUUUCUCAUUUGGUUAUUGCCCAUGUUUUGGCUGCCAAAAGAAACCUUAAAGAGUCGUGUUCUGUGUUAAACCAAAUGCUGCAAGAAGAAGGACCUGAUUCGGCACCUUCACUUUGCGAGCUGCUGGUGGAUAGAUUCAUUGAUUGGGAUUCAAAUGGUUUGGUAUGGGAUCUUCUGGCCUUUACAUACUCAAAAUCGAACAUGGUCCAUGAUUCACUCUUCAUUCUUGCCAAAAUGAAGGAUUUGAAAAUUUGUCCUUCCAUUAAAACUUACAACAAUUUGCUGCAUAAUAACUUCAAGAACACUGUUUUGUUUCGGAAUGUAUAUAAUGAAAUCAAAACAAGUGGUACUCGGGAGAGUGAGUACACGAAUUCCAUUAUAUUGGAUGGUUUAUGCAGACAAUCAUUGCUACAAGAGGCAAUUGACUAUCUUCUCAAGCCUAAAGCGAAAGAUGAAUCAUUAACUUGUGUGACUUCUUUUAAUACACUAAUGGGGAGAUUGUCUGAAUUAGGUUAUCUUGAUCUUGUUAAGUCCUUGUUCUGUAUGAUGUUCAAGUAUGGACUAUUACCCGAUACUUAUAGCUAUAACAUUCUGAUUGAUUCAUUAUGCUCAGCUGGCUCCAUGGAAGAAUCGUUAGAAUUCUUAGAGGAUAUGGAGAGAAAUGGCAUAGAGCCGGAUGUUGUAACCUACAACAUCCUUAUGAAAGGGUUUCGUCUGAUCGGUUUGAUGAGUGGGGCAUGGAUGAUCGUUUGUAGAAUGCUCUCGAAAGGAUUGAAUCCAAACGUUAUCACAUAUUCAACUCUCAUUUCAGGGCAUUGUAAGGCAGGACAUGUUGAAGACAUCCGUUCUAUCGGGCCUCAACAUAAAGCCAUCUCUUAUACUGUCUUGCUAGGGUUUCUGUGUAAAUCGGGUCGGGCUACUGAAGGAUUGAGUUUGCUUUAUGAAAUGGAAACUAGUGGGUUAAAACCAGAUGUAAUAGCUUAUUCCAUCCUCAUUCAUAGUUUGUGUAAGGAGGGAGAGUUAUUGAAAGCGGUUGAUCUAUGUGAGAACAUGUGCGAGAAUAGAAACUUUCCGAAUUCGUUUGCACACAGCGCUAUCUUAUUUGGGCUAUCAAAGAAAUGCAAGAUAUCGGAGGCGCGUAAGUAUUUCGACACAUUUGCAGGAAGCGAACUGAUGAAAGAUGUGGUUUUGUAUAACAUAAUGAUUCACAAUUAUGCAAAGAUUGGAAAUUUAGAAGAGUGUUUGCAGUUAUACCAACAAUUGGUUCGAAAGGGAAUAAGACCUACUAUUGUCACUUUCAAUUCCCUUAUUUACGGGUUUUGUAAGAAUCAAAAUCUCGGCGAGGCUAAGAAAUGGUUCGAUAAUAUCAGGAAUCACGGUUUAUUGCCAAACAGUGUUACUUACACGACAGUUAUGGAUGCAUUUUCGUCAGAGGGUAAUGUAAACGAAUUACUCGAGAUGGUUCAGGAAAUGGAGGAGAAAUCUGUGGAAAUGACGAAUGUGACCUUCACUGUCGUUAUAAAAGGACUUUGCAGGCAAAACAGACUUCAAGAUGCUCUUAGGGUUUUAGAGGACAUGUAUUGUAAAAACGUUUUGCCCGAUCAAACAGCUUACAACAUUCUCAUCCACUCUUUUCUCAAAGCUGGAGAAUUCAAGAAGGCUUUCGAUCUGCACAAAGAUAUGAUAGUACGAAACGUUCAGCCUUGUACAGUUACCUAUAAUACCCUCAUCAAUGGGCUUUGUGUUUAUGGUAAAUUGGAAACAGCCGAUGCUUUAUUCUUCUUACUUUGUGAUGAAGGUGUUAGAAUGUCGAAGGUGUCUUAUUUAUCGCUAAUAAAAGCGCAUUGUAUAAAGGGUGAUGUGGAUAAAGCGGAGUUCUAUUUCAACCAGAUGAUUGGAGAUGGGUUUCAAACAUUGAUUAGUGAUUACAGUUGUGUGAUUAAUAGACUGUGUAAAAGACUUUAUGUGACGAAAGCUAAAGUUUUUCUUCGUAGGAUGUUGUUUGAUGGAAUCCCGAUGGACUUUCAGAUUUUUGAGGUGAUGCUUCCUGCAUUUCGUGCUGUUGGUGAUCAUAAAUCGGAAUAUGAAAUGUUAGCUGGAAUAAUCAAAUGUGGCCUUGUUAUAUACAAAACUAAAGCCACUUGAAAUUCUCCCUACCCACAGAGAAGAAUGUUUCUUGAACAGUUGGUUGGAUAGAAUUAGCAGAAAACAUUGAUAUCCUAUGUCUAAUUUUAUCUCUUCCAACUGAAACCAACAAACUGUGACUUAGAUGUGUUGCAGUUCAGAAGACUUCUGUCGCGUUCUGUAUUUUUGUCCGCAAAAUUGAUUGUAUGACAAAUCCCUCUUGGAUAUGCCCGAUGCAUUUCAAUUACCAAGCUUUUCAAUAUAAGAUUGGUGGGUUCGUCCAGAUAAAUGACAAUCUGGAAAUCCACACUGAAAAUCUACACAUUCUUGUUUAAUAUUACCAGGUAAAAGGAAUGUAAGUGAUGGGAAUUUUAUCGGUUCAUGGACCUGGUAGAUAUCGGCUCCUUUCACUAUAGGUCAAGGAUCCCAAUCAGGCAUUGAGCCUGGAAGAGCAAUUACAUAGCCAAAGCCAAUACCUUUUAAUACUAGCUAACACCCUAAAACUUCAUCAUAAUAUAUAUGUAUACUUUUUGACACUUAGGGCAUUUGUCAUCAAUCCAUUCCCCAAAAGUUCUUGUACCAACUUGGAUUGAUUGAAAUAAAUUAAAUCUGUAGUUUUUAACUUGUGUUUGAGCUCAUUUAUAAAUAGUGGUCAAUUUUAUUGUUA